AUUUAGAAGAAUUAAAGACUUGGAAAUGAACUUAAGAAAUGAAUAUUCAGAAAACGUUUGAUUGCCUUAUUAUUACAUUAUAAUAAGCCACAGAUGAGAUUCUUUUAAGUUGACACUGGAUAUGCCAAGUAUAUAAGUGAAUAGAUAUUGGGAACUGCUUAAAUGCUAUGUACUUAACCCCUAACAAAACGGUAUUUAUGUACAUAGAUAGGAAUGCAAGGAACGCAUUUUGUGCGUGUGAAUUUUUGUUGUGAAAGCAAUAAAAAUAGGGAAGCAUACUUCAUUGCGGGUACUUUAUCGACUUAGCAAGCGUCAAUUGGCAUCAACAAGGAGCAAUGACAUGUAAUGAAACACUGUCAACGCACUAAAGAGGCGGCGGGCAUGGGGCCAUACCAGAAGCACCCGAAAGGGUUUCGAAAUGGGGCGACUGAUGUAGCGGACAGCUGGCUAUAAAAGUCGUGUACGACUCAGGCGGCGCUUCAUUCGCAGGACAUAGCCACAAGCAGUACGAACAACCUUUAAAAAAAAGUACAAAAUAUAUAUGUAAAUAUAAAAAAAAAAAAAAAAAAAAAAAUCACAAUAUCUUCCGGUAUACAAAGCGCAAAAGCAGCAACAAAAAUAAAUAAAGUAAAAUUACAUGUUUGGGUUUCCUGUGCUGUGGCAAAUUACAUUCCGUUUGCUCCAUAAAUAAAUAAGUGCCGCUGGGAAAUGCGGGCCAAACUACAAACAGUUGCAAAGUGAAAGGGGAUCCGAAAUUUUAAUUCAAUUUAAGAGCCAAGCCUGUUGCUCAUUUAAAGCAGGGCAAAAAACGAUUGUAAAGAAAUUUUCUGCCCUAACAGUAAAAUCUCUGAGCCAUGUAUGGAAUGCUGUAUGAGAGUGUCCAGCACUAUGUGCAGGAGGAGUACGGCAUGGACGUAUGGAAAAAGGUUUGUCGCAUCGUCGACUGCAAGCACAACAGCUUUAAGACCCAUCAGAUAUAUCCGGACAAACUGAUGCCGGAUAUUGCGGCUGCCCUCUCUGCCUGUACGGGCGAGUCCUUUGACUUUUGCAUGAACUUCUUCGGCAAGUGCUUCGUACGAUUCUUCAGCAACUUUGGCUACGACAAGAUGAUACGUUCGACGGGUCGCUACUUUUGCGAUUUCCUGCAGUCCAUCGACAACAUUCAUCUAAUUAUGCGCUUCACAUAUCCGAAGAUGAAGUCGCCCAGCAUGCAGCUGACCAGCAUGGACGAGGGUGGAGCGGUCAUUCUAUAUCGCAGUGGGCGAACGGGCAUGUCGAAAUAUCUCAUCGGCCAGAUGACGGAGGUGGCAAGGGAGUUCUAUGGGUUGGAGAUCAAGGCCUAUGUAAUCGAGAGCCAGAAUGAUAUAAGCGGCGGUACUGCGGGACCCAUCAAAAUGACAGAGGGUCCUCUAACUGUCAUAGUCAAGUACCGUCUGGACUUUGAUAACAGCGAGUACAUGGCGAAGCGGGUAAAUACCGUGGCCCACCCGUCCCAGGUUAAGAUGCCAGCUGUGGAUCUGAAUGUAUUCCUGGAGCUGUUUCCCUUCACUUUUGUGCUCAAUCAUGAUAUGAAAAUAACGCAUGCGGGCGAGAAGGUAGUCGAAACAUGGAUAAUGCAUAAUCCGGGCGCCAAUCCGAAAGCGUUUAUAGGCACCCAUGUCACAAAUCUAUUUUACUGUCGCAGACCAAAGGACACCACCAUCGACUGGGACACUUUGAUCCAGAUGCGUACGGUCCUCUUUGAGUUCGAGUUGAUCCGUACCGGACACAAUCGACUUGCCUAUGAUGCUGUACUCAACAUGGACUUUGAAAAUUACGACGACAUGCUUCUCAACGAGGCCCAGGCUAUCGCGCUGGCGAAAGCCCAAGAGUUCAGCGAUAAUAAUGUGGGUGAUAUAGAUGAUGGACCCAGCGAAGUAGAAAUCGAUCCGGCAACAGGUCAACGUCGGGCUUCUCAAGGGCUACGUUCUAUCCUGCUCAAAGGACAGAUGUUUUACAUCAAGGACAUCGACUCCUUGAUUUUCCUCUGCAGUCCCCUUAUAGAGAAUCUGGAUGAGCUUCACAGCAUUGGCCUGUACCUGAAUGAUCUGAAUCCGCAUGGUCUGAGCCGAGAGCUUGUCAUGGCGGGCUGGCAGCAUUGCUCCAAGCUCGAAAUAAUGUUUGAGAAGGAAGAACAACGUUCCGAUGAGCUGGAAAAGUCCUUGGAGUUAGCCGAUUGCUGGAAGAAGCAGGGAGACGAACUUCUCUACUCGAUGAUACCGCGCCCCAUCGCAGAACGAAUGCGCGUGAGCAAUGACCACGUCUGCCAGAGCUUUGAAGAGGUCUCCGUAAUCUUCAUUGAAGUGAUGAACAUCUACGACAGCGGAUCAACCAACGUGCAGGAAGCAAUGCAGGCGGUAAACAUCCUAAACCAAGUGUUCUCUGCGUUGGACGAGGAAAUUAUAUCUCCCUUCGUCUAUAAGGUGGAAACUGUGGGCAUGGUCUACAUGGCAGUGUCCGGGGCACCAGAUAUCAAUCCAUUGCAUGCCCAGCAUGCCUGCGACAUGGCUCUGAGGGUCAUCAAGAAGGUGAAGUCCCACAAUCUGCCGGAUGUGGCCAUUCGAGUGGGCAUCAACUCUGGCCCAGUGGUGGCGGGGGUUGUGGGCUUAAAGGUGCCGCGGUACUGUCUCUUUGGCGAUACUGUGAACACGGCCUCACGCAUGGAGAGCAGCUGCGAUCCUUGGAAGAUACAAUUGUCCAACUACACGGCGGAGAAAGUGCGAGAUGUGGGCUAUAAAGUAGAGCCACGCGGCAGAGUUAAUGUGAAGGGCAAAGGUGAAAUGGAAACAUUCUGGCUCGUGGAAGGACCUGAAGAUUAAUAAUUUUGAAAUUUCUAUUGUACUAUUUCGUAAUACGUUAAAUUUAUAUAAAAUAUCUAUUCAUAUA